ACAAAGGAGAGGGAAUUUUUGUUAAAAAGGCAAUGGAAGAGAAGGCAACAAGAUGAUCAAUUAUAGUCACUCUGUAAGCCCAAAAGAAAGAGAAAUGGAAGACAAAGACCCUGUGCACAUUUCCCUCAAAUGGCUCAAACAUCUAGCAGCGGGAGCAACAGGUCAGGAGAUCGAGGCCCGGACUCUUCAAGGUCUUCAGGUCGUGCAGGCUCGCAAGGGCUAUUUCCUCUGUACUUUCGUCGUACCCGAUCGCGCAUCUGAUGAGAAUGGAAACUGGCACGCCGGAGCUAUAGCUACGUUAAUCGACGUUGUUGGUGCCGCUGCCGUGUUCUCCUUAGCAGGCCACAUCAACGUAUCCGUUGACUUCAGCGUUUCGUUUUAUUCAACAGUCAAGAUUGAUGAACAAGUAGAGAUAGAGGCAAAGAUUGCAGGGGUCCAAGGGAAGAUGACUUCAGUGGUGGUGGAGGUUAGAAGACAAAACAAAGGAGAGCUAGUUGCUUUGGGUAAACAAUGGAUGGUCUCAAAUUUUACUGUAAAUGUAAAUCAAGUGAGCAAACUAUGAGUCCAAGAUGGAUAAGACCUCCAUUACUGCAAAUUUUAUUUCAAAUAAUGUCAUUCAUAGAUUCAUUCAUUCUAUCUAAUCUUGCAAUUGAAGAAGUUGAGCUGUAAAAGUUUCUAAUGAAUUGUGCUUAUAGUCAAUCCCAAACCUGUUUUUUCCCAGCGGAGUGUGUUGAUUUUGUAAUCAUAUAAAGCAAAAUUGGGAGUUCAUGUUUGUUUCGGA